AUGGAGAAGGCUAAGCCCAUUGAUACACCUAUAGCUAUUGCUACUCGGUUAGACAGGGAUGAACUUGGUUCCCCUGUGAAUGAAACCAUGUAUAGGGGUAUCAUUGGGUCACAACUGUACUUAACUGCCAGUAAACCUGACAUUGUCUUUAGUGUUGAUUUGUGUGCAAGGUUCCAAUCAAGUCCAAAGGAAUCCCAUUUAAAAGCUGCAAAAAGAAUCUCUAGGUAUCUCAAGGGGACUCAGUGCCUGGCCCUCUUCUAUCCUUCAGGAGAUAAUUUUGACUUGGUUGGAUAUGUUGAUGCUGAUUAUGCUGGAUAUUUUGUGGAUAAAAAGAGAAAAUCUGGAAUGGCGCAUUUUCUGGGGUCAUGCUUGCUCUCUUGGGGUACAAAGAAACAAAAUUCAGUGGCUCUUUCUACUGCCGAAGCUGAGUAUGUGGCUGCUGCCUCUUGA